AUGUUCUCAAACGGGCUUCCGUGCAAUUUAGCAUUCCCUAGCUGUCUCGGUGUGCCAAAGGAUAGUGGAAGCGACGAGCUGCUGCCGACGAGCAUGGGAAGCCGCGAACCUGUCAUUCUCAACGUGUACGAUAUGUACUGGAUCAACGAGUAUACCACCUCUAUCGGCCUAGGUGUGUUCCAUUCGGGUGUGGAGGUGUUCGGUACGGAAUUUGCCUACGGUGGUCAUCCGUUCCCGUUCACCGGUGUGUUCGAAAUAUCGCCCCGGGAUCACGAUGAGCUAGGCGACCAAUUUCGGUUUCGGCAAAGCAUUCAGAUCGGAUGUACAGAUUUUACCGAGGAAGAGGUAAGGCGCAUUGUGGAAGAGCUGGGCAACCAGUUCCGUGGAGAUCGGUACCAUCUAAUGAACAACAACUGCAAUCACUUUUCCGGCGCAUUGACACAGAUUCUUUGCGGUCAGGAAAUUCCCAGCUGGGUGAAUCGGUUAGCACACUUCAGUUCGUGCGUACCCUUCCUUCAACGCUGUUUACCAAAAGAAUGGCUAACGCCAAAUGCCUUACAACAAUCGAUAACCGCUAUACAGGAUCGCGACUCCGAUUCGAGUCCAUUUUGA